UUUAGUAAAAUUUAUAAAGCUACUUGGAUUGAUGGUCCAUUAACUAGCAAAUGGGAUUAUGAAAAAAAAGAAUUUAUUCGUAAAGGUAGAAAAACAGUUGCUCUCAAAGAACUUAAUAAUUCUAAAAACAUUGAAUCUAAAGAGUUAAAUGAGCUUAAAAUAUUUUAUAAUUUUAUUUUAAAACAUACUUAUUCUAAUGAUACUGAUAAUAAGACUAAUCGAUAUUUCGGAAUCACUCAAAAUCCCAACACACACAAUUUUAUGAUAAUUACAAAUUAUUACAAAUCAGGAGAUCUAACACAUUAUUUCAAAAGAUUUUUUUAAUAUUAGUUGGAGAAUGAAAUUAAAUAAAUUAAGAGACAUGAUAAAAGGACUUAAAAUGCUACAUGAUGAAGGUGUUAUCCAUCAAGAUUAUCACAGUGGAAAUAUUUUUAAUGCAGGAAACAAAGGUGCAUCUGCAAUAACAGGAGAUUUUGGAAUAAGUAAAUCUGCAAUUGAAACAUCAGAUGAUGAUAAUGAGGUUUAUGGGAUCAUUCCGUAUGUUGCCCCAGAAGUUUUUCAAGGACAAAAAUAUACUAAAUCAUCAGAUAUAUAUAGUUUUAGUAUGAUUAUGUGGGAAUUAAUGACAGGUAGAAGACCAUUCUGGGAUAGAAGCCAUGAUACAGAACUUAUUAUUGAAAUAUGUGAUGGUCUUCGACCUCCAAUUGUCACAAAUGCACCUGAAGGUUAUAUUGAAUUAAUGCAAAAAUGUUGGCAUUCUGAUCCAAAUGAAAGACAAAGUGCUAGUGAUGUUUUGAAAGAAUUUAACUAUCCUAAUAAUUUGGGUAGAUAUGAUGGUUACAAUAACCAAACUAAAAUCAUAAGUUCACCAGAUAUCGGACCUGUAACAACAAAUAAUCCAGGCGCCAUCUAUAAAAGUAGGCCAUUAAGUACGAUGAUAAAAUCUGCCAACUUUACAAGAAGUCUAAGAUUAAAAAGUCUAGUAUUCGACAAGAGAAAGUUUAAUAAUAAUUUGAUUGAGAAUAAUAAUAAUAAUAAAGAUAAAAUCCAUAAAAGACUUAAAUAUUGUGAGGAACAGAAUGAUGGUAAAUGCAAACAAUAUUUUUUCAUAAUAUGUACUAUCUUACAUAAAUAAUCAAAUUUGUUAUUUUUCUUGUAGAUUACUUAACACAAGAACUCGAAUUUGAUAUUAAUUGUAAUACGAAUUCUAACAAAUCUGAAGACAAUGAUUAUAUUACCAGUGAACUUAAUUUUGAUAUUUAAUUCUUUUGAAUUUAAAAAUUCAAAAUUUCGAGGUUUUAAUAUUCAAGAUUUUUAUGUUUUAUUAUGACUAUACUAUAUUGUAUUUAAUAAUGGUGUAGUUAGCCUAAAAAUUCAGCCGAGGGCACAGUAAAUUUUCGGCUAACAACACCCAGCCGAAAAAAAUUCAUAUUGAUCUUGAAUAUUGU